CUGAAUACCGGCCGAUCCUGAUUUUCUUCCCGAAAAACCUUUUUAUUCGCGAAAAACCAAAGUGAAAUGUGUUGCGGCGGAUUACUUAUAUCGGCCCGCGGGCUUAGCUGGUUCCUGGUGACGCUGAUUGCCUGUAUGACGCUGCUGGCCGCGAUCGUACAGCCAAAGUGGCUGAUCGGACCGGAACAGAUCCAGAUCGAGAACGUAGAGGGUAACUUUACCAUGUACCGGAACCCCUCGGUUGGCAUCUACAACAGAUGCAAACGGAUGGGCCGUAACGAGUACAACUGCGGCAACUUUGAUCUGUACGGAUUGAGGACGGAUUCGAUCAUCUUUCCUUUGCCCUGGAAGUUCACUAUGGUCCUGAUGUUCGUCGGAGCGAUGCUGCUCGCUGUGACCCUCGUCUGCAUCCUACCGACCUGCCUCCGUAUGCGCACCGUCUGUAACUGGAGUCUGUACAAGCUGCUCGGUGUACUUCAAGGUACGGCCGGACUGCUGGUGCUGUGCGGUUUCCUGAUCUAUCCGCUCGGUUGGUCGGAGCAGCGUGUCAAAACACUCUGCGGCCUUGACGCCGAAGCUUACUCGCCAGCAGAUUGUAGGCUGGGCAUGGCCCUUUACCUGGGCGCCUUCGGAGUGCUGCUGACAUUCGCUAGCGCCGUACUCAGUGCUAAGGCCGAAGAUGCUCAUUACAGUGGUAAGGCUCAGCAGCGCAUCGAAGAGGGUGAGGUACUCGUGUGCGUUCCAUAAGUGAUCGCGCGAUACGCAGCAUGGCAGCAUGAGAAGGAGAUCACGAUGCCGGCAAGCUACAUAACCAACCAGUAUGAAUCUCAACCAGAAAAAGACUAUCCAGAUCUUUUUUCCUCCAUGACACGGUGGCAGCUGUAGAAUCAAGCUAUUAUGAGAUGAUUUUCCACGAUAGCUUUAAGGUAAGGCCUCGUGAAGGCCGCAACUAGGUUAAAGUAGACGAUCAAGAGGAUCCAGUGAAGCGAUUUAUUCGCGAUCGCCUUGACCUGUGCCAGUACUCUCUUAAUACGUAUAUGCAUCCCAAGCGGACGCACUUUCGAAACAUUCGAAUUGUAUUGCAUGACCCCAUAACCAUGUCCCUAGCAUGUAAGCACGGCCAUAACGAGGUUCGACUCCUCCGUUCCAUUUCUUUCUAAUAAAAAGAACCUCUCCUCCACAUAGGAGAGCAUAUUGAGCGAGUA